CCUCGGCCGCUAUCAAGGGCUCCAUAGGGGUGACUCAUUGCCCCAGGAAGUAGUUAUGUAUCCAACGCUUGAUCUUCGUCAUCAACUGUACGAAGAAGUGAUCGCACAGCCCGGUGCGUCCUGAUGUCGUCGAAGUCUUCUGUGGAGCUGAUCCCAUGGGAUUCCGAAUCGCCAAGUCAUGUCCAGACACUGAUCAUUCAGCGACAGCACUGCGGAUGGGAUUCAGAGUUGGUGGAACCAAAAUGGCGGGAUCAACAGCGGUCCGGAACCAAAUGCAUCUACUGGAUUGUGUUGUCGGCGAAGGAUCGGGAAAUUCGUGAAAAGCUUGAACUGCACUUUUCGAUGUAUAAAGAUGAGCAGGUUGUAUUGCACGACACCAGCAGCUCAAUCAGGGGCGUCCUGCGAACCCCUUCUCGGGAUUCAUUCCACCCGAUCGGACACAUUUCGCUCGACUCCGUUAACUCGGAUGUCCAAGACAUUGACCUCGACUUGCCCGACGAAGGCGUCUACUGGAUCAAGACAUUCUAUGUGUCCCGCGCAUUGCAGGGUCAGGGAGUCGGAAGAGCUGCCAUGGAUCUAGUGGAGUCCAUGGCCGUGGACGAGCCGUUGUGUGCAACCACUCUGGCCUUGGACACCAGGCAGAAAAACACCCAAAUCGAACAAGAAAAGUUCCUUUCUGGUGGACAGGAGCCAGGCGGUGUGACGAACGAGGAAUGGUAUGCACGGCGUGGCUACCGUCUGAUCAAAGUCGUGGCGAACUACUAUCCGCCGCCUCCGGGGUAUGGUUGUCAGGAUAACAGAACGGUCUUUAUGAGAAAGGAUAUUGAGUAGAUUGAUGUGCAAGUAGUCGGUAGUUAGCUUUAGUUAACUAUCGAGAAUCGCGUUAGUCAGUCAC